AUGGAGGAUUUGAUGAGAAAAAAGCGACUUUCAUCUACAUCUUUGGUGAUUUGGAAGACAAUUGGAGCAAUUGAAAGUGGAAACGUUUUACGAGUAUUAUUUGAUUCAGGGGGAUUGCAUAUGAUGAUCAAUGCAAGGGCGAUUCCUAAAGAUGCUAAGGACGGAGUCUUUCCCGAAUUUGACAAACACCGCAGAAUCGCAGGUGUCGACGGUGUCAAGGCGAAUGUCUUCGAUUCGCCAACGUGUGCUGAAGUUGCUGACAAGCAACAACAUCUAACUGAAGAUCAGCGCAAACUUUUGGCUCAAGCGUUGAAGAAUACAGACAAGAUUUUUGAUGGUCAACUCGGCCAUUACAAGCAUGAGAAGGUUCCCUUGGAGCUCAUUGAGAAUGCGCAACCCGUGUUUUCAAAAGCGUAUUCUGUACCGAAGCAACAUGAACCUGCAUUUCUCAAAGAACUGAAACAUCUACAAGAAAUAGGAGUUCUUGAACGAACAGGCCCGUCGGAAUGGGCAUCGCCAACAUUCAUCAUUCCAAAGAAGGACGGUAGGGUGCGAUGGAUCAGCGAUCUCAGACAGCUGAACAAGAAUAUCAAGCGUAAAGUAUACCCCUUACCUUUGAUUGAUGAUAUUGUUGCGCGUCGUUCUGGCUACAAGUACUUCACAAAACUUGAUCUCACAAUGAUGUAUUAUUCUUUUGAAUUGGAUGAGCCGAGCAAAAAACUUUGCACGAUCAACACCCAGUACGGUCUGUACCAAUACAACCGCAUGGCUAUGGGAUUGAAACCGGCUCCUGACUUUGCCCAGUACUACAUCGAACAAACUCUACGCGACCUAAAACAAAAAGGUGUCGAAAUUUAUAUUGACGAUGUUGGCCUGUUCUCCAAUUCCUACGAAGAACAUAUGGCCUUGAUCCAAGAAGUAUUGCAGCGACUACAAGCUGCUGGUUUCAAAAUCAAUCCCUUGAAGUGCGAGUGGUGUGUCCAAGAAACUGAUUUCUUGGGCCAUUGGUUGACUCCUGAAGGCGUCAAACCGUGGAAGAAAAAGAUUGAUGCCAUCCUCAAGAUGUCAGCACCUACGAAUAGCUCACAGGCAAAGGAAUGUUUGAAUGGACUGAUGAAUGUGCAAAAGCUUUCGCUGAGAUGA